GUGGGGCCCGCUGCCUUUGGCCGGGUUCUGUCCCCGGCGUCCACCCGGUCCUCAAUCUCCGAAACGUGCCGGGAGCCUUCCCUCCCAUUAAGGGCAAAUGCGCCAGGCUGUUGCUGUGUAGUCACUGUGGGCAGGGGGACUUGACACAACUCCCCCCAUGCGGCACCCGGGGCGGCUCUUUGGGGGAAAAGAGCAUGUCAACGCGAAGGCGCCAGGGCUCUUAUUGGUAAAAGGCAUUGGUGUGUUUCUGAGAUGAUUGAUUGCCUUCGCUUCCUUGGUUCGUUCGGCGGUCGGGGAGCCGAUUUGGCGACAUCACUUACGAGGAUGGCUGAAGUGCCACCAAGUUACUGUUUUGUGGCCUUCCCACCGCGUGCUAAGGACAGUCUGGUGGUCUUUGGGAAAAACUCAGCCCGGCCCAGAGAUGAAGUGCAGGAGGUUGUGUAUUUCUCGGCUGCUGACCAUGAACCUGAGAGCAAAGUUGAGUGCACUUACAUUUCAAUCGAUCAAGUUCCAAGGACCCAUGCCAUUGUGAUAAGCAGACCUGCCUGGCUUUGGGGGGCAGAAAUGGGAGCCAACGAGCAUGGAGUGUGCAUAGCCAAUGAGCCCAUCAACACCAGAGAACCCGCUGCUGAGACGGAAGCCUUACUGGGGAUGGAUCUGGUCAGGCUUGGUUUAGAAAGAGGGACAACAGCUAAAGAAGCCUUAGAUGUCAUCGUCUCCUUGUUGGAAGAGCAUGGACAGGGUGGAAAUUAUUAUGAAGAUGCAAACUCCUGCCACAGCUUCCAAAGUGCAUAUCUGAUUGUGGAUUGUGAAGAAGCCUGGGUGCUUGAGACCACAGGGAAGUACUGGGCAGCGGAGAAAAUCACAGAGGGAGUGAAAUGUGUUUGCAACCAGCUUUCACUUACCACUAAGAUUGACACGGAGCAUCCUGAACUCAGAAGUUAUGCUCAGAACCAAGGUUGGUGGACAGGAGAGGAUGAGUUCAAUUUUUCUGAAGUUUUUUCUCCAGCUGAUGACCAUCUAGACUGCUGUGCUGUCAAAGACAGCUUAGAAAAGCAAGAAGAAAGCAUCACUGUGGAAACUAUGAUUAACAUCUUACGGGACAAAGCCAGUGGAGUCUGUAUAGACACUGAGUCUUUCCUCACCACAGCCAGUGUCGUGUCUGUCCUGCCUCAGAAUAGAAGCCUGCCGUGCAUUCACUACUUCACCGGGACCCCAGAUCCUUCCAGGUCCAUAUUCAAGCCUUUCAUCUUUGUGGAAGAUGUGAAACUUGUCCCCAAAGCACAGUCUCCGUGUUUUGGGGACGAUGACCCUGCCAGAAAGGAGCCUCGGUUCCAGGAGAAGCCAGACCGCCGGCACGAGCUGUACAAGGCCCACGAGUGGGCACGCGCUGUCAUCGAGAGUGACCAGGAACAAGGCCGCGAGCUGAGGAAGACCAUGUUGGAGCUGGAGAAGCAAGGCCUGGAAGCCAUGGAAGGAAUCCUGGCUAGCUCUGACCCUCUGGACCCCGCCGAAGUGGGGGAUCUCUUCUAUGACUGUGUUGACACGGAGAUUAAGUUCUUUAAGUGAAGUAAGCAUUCCUGUCUCCCUUCUUAUUUGAAACUUCCCACCUUACUAAAUUACCAGCAAAACAAACCACUCUCCUGUUUGAGUAAAAUGAGAAAGUUAAGACAUGGUCUUCUUUUCUGAAGCCAAAUUGAACUGUUAGCUUGGGCUCUGCCUUGAAUCUCCAAACGUCCCCUUCUUCUGCAAUGUAUGUCCCCCUCCUUUGCCAUGUAACGCGAGUCCCCUUUGCUGUCGUCGGGUUGUGCAGUUGUGGAUUUUAAGCUGCUAUUACUGUAUUUCGGUGACAAUGGACACGUUAGCCUUUUCAUGAGAGGGCCAGAAUUCACCAACCCCGAAAGACAGUCUCCACAGUGCUGAAUUUGCAGGAAGAGCAAAAGCUUUGAAAGUCUUGGUUUUCUCUCAGUAACAGAUUCUUUCAGGUUGACAAAAGGUGUUUCUUUGUCUGCCCCGGGCUGGUGUGAGUGGAUUCCCAGGGGAUCCUUACUGGCUUCCCCUAAUGAGUACGUGCUCUCUGUGUCUUUUGAGGGACAAAAUCAAUGAAAAAGAAUAAAGGGGCUCCUCUCCAGGCCCCACUUGAUCCUGGUUUCUGUGGUCCUGAAGAACUUGUCUUCCAUGCCCUGUGCUUGCGUGUGGUGGAUGUAGAACUGCCUGCACACACAGGAAAGCCGGAGUCCUGGGCUGGCUGACACCUGCACACUUUAGAGGCAGAGGCAGCCAUGCCAGUGACUCCCCCCAGUCACCAUGAGGAUACCCCAAAGUCACAGCUGCUCUCCCUCCAGAGCAGCAGACACGCCACAUGGCUGGGGCCUCCUGUGGAAAUGACUCUGGUUCUGCUUAUGAACGUCUAGUCUAGGACUAAUUAAAUGGCCCUGUGGGAUACUGUCACCCCACACAGAUGCAACUCUCUUAGCUAAUGAGGGAAGGAAAAAGAGAAACCCUUGAUUAUUUAGAUUCCAGUUAAAGUAGCUGGCAUCAGGGCAGUCACUACAUUAUCUCGGCAGAGAGGCUUUAAUUAAACUGAUUUGUUUCCAACGUAGUGUUCACAUAAGGGAUUUGACUGACCACCAGAGCAUAGAAAAGCGGGCAAAGAAGACCAGAUGUCUCAGCAUUGGGAAGACAGAGGGUAAGAAAGCGACAGGUGGAUGCAGAAGCAUUUUGCUCCAAGAUAACAACCCGACCCCCACCCUUCCUGCCCAGCCAGAUACAUCCCACAAGCUGUGCAAGAACCACUGACUUUCCUGGGCCCCCUCACCCCCAUUGCUCUAUACCCUGCUUGGCUGAGUAGCUGCCUCCAGACUGGUGGUUGACCAUGGGCAGGGGGUGAGCAGGAGGUGCUUACCUCCAUCUACUGAAACCCUCACCCACUCCUGAAAUGGACAAGGGCAGAAGGCAUGCAUAGAAGUAUGUGUUAAUAGAGCAGCUAAUGGGAGAACAGCGGCUGAAUAUAUGUAGACACCUGACCACUGUAGAGGCAGAGGCAGCCAUGCCAUUUGGGCCUGAUUGAGCUUCAUCAUUCUUGACAGGAAUUGGCAAAUGGAAAUAUUGUGAGUAUCAGUAGCCUUGGGAGUGACUGAGAGUUAAAAACUCCUUCUCAGCAGCAAUGUCCUAGGCUAUUAGGAAUGUAAGGAACCCAGGUGAGGGUCAGAGGUUUUGUCGGAACAACUCUUUUUCUACUGACUCCCAUGAAGAGCCUGGGUAUAAGAGGGCCGUGAGCUUUUUGCCCAGUAGUUUUCGUAAAUCCCCUGUUGUAAAAUCUUUAACUGCAAAUGGAGAGAGAUGGGAAGAAUAUUUCAACUGACAAAGCAAAUGGCGACCAAUCAUGGUGGCUUGUGGUGCUGAGAGUUGCGGGCAGAAUUGCCUGGGCUUUCACUGUUGCUGGAUUUACCAUCUCCUCUGUGGCCAUUUUGAGUGUCUGUCUAUAGCUGCCAAGAGGGGAAGGCUCCAGGAUGACUCCAGUACCUCAUCCCCUCCCAAGGCUGCCUGCAGAGGGGAUGUGAGGCUGCAGUGCAAAGCAGUUAUUGAAAGUAAGAUGAUACAGAAAGCCACCCUAAAAUUACACCAUGUGGGAUCAUGACAUAUGGAAAUAUGUCAUCAGACCUGACAUGUCCGAGAUGCCUACGGUGAUUGAUUCGAGGUUUGAUCAGAAGAACUCUGGUGAGAAUAACUUACACAGAGGCCUGCUUUCAUUCCUGCGGGCCACACAGAGGUCACUGAUACCCCUGCCAGCCCUACCAUCACCCAGCCAUGCAGUAGGAAACACAACAGCUACAUCUGUUGGAGGCCAUAUACUUGAGUGAAGCACUGCAGAGAAGGGUCUUAAUUGAGAUUGUGUUGGCUAACGCUGUGUGUCACCGCUGUCCCUGUCUUAUCACCAGAGGGGGUGGCAGUUUCUGCUGGCACCACCUGGAAGAGGUGAAAGUGGGCAUGGAUUCUCCCAUGUGGCACGUAGGUGGUCCAUGUACAGUAAAAAACUGAGUAGUGGUAACGGACAGUCUUUGUGCAUUGAGAUAGGUGGGGAGGGACAAGAAGAGGGUUCAAAACCUGCUGCUGCUGUACUCACUCACAGUGACUUUUCUCUACAUAUAUCGACAGCUCAAAAUAUAUUGUUGGAUUUUGAGCAGGCUGUGGUUGGUGGGAUGUUUGUUUUUAAAUGCAUGAACAGACUUUGCUUUUGAAAAUGGCUUACCAUUCAUUGGAUGAUUUCUUAACCCCGGGGAUUGCUUUUCUAAAGGCUAUAUGGAGAAAAUGAAUAUUCAAGAUGAAAUAGGAAAACAAUGUUUAAAGGUCACAGUGUGUAAAUAGCUUCUUAGAAUACCAUUUCUGUAUCUAUUAAGGCUUGGGGAUGUGGGGGUGUCUGUGCAUGCUUUGUGCAGAAAGAAGCCAUGGCCACAAAGAAAAGUUCUUCCCCUCCCCACCAUAACCACAUGUAAGCUAGUUCAAUCCUGUCUAGGGAGAGGCUUUACCACGGGUGAAGGCGGCCCUCUCAUACAUUAAGGAGGGCAGAGGCGCUGGUAAAAGUGAAUCAGGAAAGGAGAAGUAGUACUUUUUCAUUCUUGAAGGUGAUUUGGAACUGUCAAUAGACGAAGGAUAUAAUCAAAAUUACAGCGAUCCUUUGGCCACUGAUAGCAAACACAGCGUUACUAUUAGGAGUCUUUUUCUUACCAGCUAACACAGCAGGUGUAGCCUCUUAGAUCUUAGUUAUGAGGUUCUUUUGUCUGAAUCAUUAGGUAUAAAAAAUAAUGAUCCAUCAGGCAAAUUGCUUUGCUUCCUAACUGAUGUCUCUCCACAAAGGUAGAGGUGUUCUACAGCCCUGGCUGGCCCAGCAGGAAGCCAGGUGGGACUGCUGUGUCUGUUAUGAAAAUGCUAACUGCACCGUGACUAAAGACCCGUCUGCCCUUUGUUGGGGAAGGUCCUCACUGAGUGCUCAGCUUUAGGAAGGAAGCAUAUGGAGGAGGGAGGGAGGGAGCGCAGACUCAGCAAGCUGGCCCUCCUUGUCUGGAGGGGAAGGAGGAUGUCACAGGGCUGCCUGAUGCUUCCCCAGAGCUGUGGCAUUUCAUUCUCCAUGGUCCUAAAUCCCAGCUCCCUUCCAAUACUUUGUGUCAAAAUGUGCUUUAUCUGAUUGACUCCCAAGGUCCCGAAAUGUCAUAUGCAGAUUUCUCAUGGGAAUGAGUAUGUACAUGUUUGCAAUCAUGUUGUGAGAAUUUAAAUGUGUUAGCUGGAAAAUGCUAUCAGCAGGGAAUAAGAAAAGGAAACCUCUCUGUUUCCUGCAGUGGGAAAUGACCGUGUAGUCUUAACAGUCUUUUGUACAAAUACCUACGAACUAGAUAACUUUCCCAUCCAGUGCUUGCCCUUGGAAUCAUCUCUAAAUGCAUCAAGCAUACAAUAAAAAAAAAAAUGCUGAAAGAAUGUCCAGUGGCCU